CCGCUCUCAGUCCAAGGAAUUUGAAUGGUUUUGCUCCCCUCCUCUCUUGUCUUCUACCCUAUUCCUGUGGUGCAGAGGUUUCUACAUGCUGACCUGAAUUCACGCACCACUUUGCUCAUCAACAACUCAAUCAUGCCUUUGCCGAAGCCAUCUGAGUCGAAGUGGAGGCUGUUGCUGAGCCUUCUCCUUGUUUGCGCUGCAAUCCUUGAGUUGGAUGCCAAACAAGAGAGAACGACUCCUGGAAGGACGUCCGCGCCAAAGGAACCCAAACAUGGCAGAGCAGCAGCUAAAAGGCACAGAGCUGAGACGCUUAAACCAAAGAUCAAGCCUACAGCUGCAGCUCAGACCAAGACAUUGCUCACACAGGUUCUUGGCAGAGGUGUGUUUAAGAAGGUGGGAGAGACCUUAAGUGUGCAGGCAGGAGACACGCUGAGCCUGAGGUGCAGGGGCAAACCUGUGGAGUGGAGCGUCCCCCCUUACGUGGAGGAGGAUGAAGGAAGGCUUAUGAUCGUCCAGCAGGAGCGAUUCGGCCUCCUGACCUUAGUCAACACAACUGUGGCAGACACAGGGGAGUACAGCUGCUAUCCAAUGUACUGUGAAGACAGAGACUGCAGGAGGGAGUACAGCAAAGCGAUCAGCGUCUUCAUCUUCUUUCCAGACCCUCGGGAACUAUUCGUUCCAUCGUCGAGCCACUAUGAAAUCCUCCAGCUGAGAAGCAACUGGCCAGCGGUCCUCCCCUGCCAGGUGACGUCGCCGGAGGCAAAAGUUGCUCUGCACCGGGAGUUCCCGCCGGGGGAGGUGGAAGUGGACGGGACGGAGAUCUCCUUCAACUACAGGAAGGGCUUCACCAUCCAUCGGCCGCAGCCUCGUCACGCCGGAGUGCUGCACUGCGUGGCUACUCUGGGAAACCUGAUGCAGAGCUCCACCAAGUACAUCCUCAUCUACGUAAACUAUCCUAUGGCUCCUCCAGCUCCAGUGAUCCAGGCAUCAUCGAGCUCCGUGGCUGUAGGAGACAACCUGCAUGUCACCUGCUCUGCAGUGGGAGAACGAGACGUUGUCGUAGAGUUCAGCUGGGAAUAUCCAGGACAGCAGAUCGGGAGGCCUCUGUACACAGAGGAGACCAUGAGCCCAGUCAGCGGAGAAGCGUCUCGGCAGCACUUUCAGUCCGUUCUCCAGGUGGAUGAGGUGAGGGACGUGGACCAGGGGACGUACACCUGCACUGCCCAGAACCUCCAGGGAGCCAAGUCGGUGUCCACCACCGUCAAAGUGGUCCCCAAAGCCAAAGCUAGGAAACUGCUAGUGUGACGCCCAGCAACCCGGCAUCACUGAGGGGAAAGACACAGGAGGUGGAUCAGAGCAGUCUUUUAUAGGAAGAGGAGUAAACCCUUCAAAAACAGACCAAUAAACAACCAUGGUGUCCUUUUUUGGAUGUGGGAUGAUGAAAUCAUUCUGCAACAAGGCAAGAGUAUAUCAACAUGAAUGUUAGUUGUUCAAGGGUGGAUAAUAAAGGUUUACCAAAAAGA